UUAUUUAUCCAAAUCCCAAAUAUUUAUAGUUUAUUACCCUCUGUCCCUUGCCACCGCUUGUACGCAAUUCCCCUCUUUCCUCCGCCGUAUUCCGCCGCCGUUCCUCCUUCCGAUGACCUCAACUCUACCCUCCUCCUCUCCUUGGCCCCCUAACCCUGCAAGUCCCAGCCCCAAUCGCCGCCUCCCGUCACCGAUCUUCAUGGACGACAAUUCUCCUCCGUCUCAGCCCUUAGACGCCGACGAUCACUCCUCUCUCUCCGACCUCUCCGGUAUCUCCGCUGUUGUCUCCCCGGCUCCUGCGGACGACGAUAACCCCCGCUCUCAAACUUCUUCCCCCACCACUACUUCGCAGAAUGUUAACCCUAAUCCGGUUCCUCAAAUCGUGGACUCCUCUCGCCCUACCCUCCUCCACCUCUCCUUCAACCAGGACCACAGCUGUUUCGCUGCUGGCACCGAUCGAGGAUUCCGUAUCUACAAUUGCGAUCCCGUCCGAGAGUUUUUCCGCCGCGAUUUCACCAACAAUAAUGGCGGCGUGGGCGGCGGAAUUGGGGUUGUUCAGAUGCUAUUCCGUUGUAAUAUUCUGUCGCUGGUUGGGGGAGGGCCGGAACCACAGUAUCCUUUGAAUAAGGUCAUGAUCUGGGACGAUCAUCAGUCCAGGUGCAUCGGAGAGCUAUCCUUUCGCUCCGAGGUGAAGUCCGUCCGGCAUCGGAGGGAUAGAAUUGUGGUUGUUUUGGCGCAGAAGAUAUUUGUGUACAAUUUCGCAGAUUUGAAGUUGUUACACCAGAUAGAGACUAUGGUGAACCCGAAAGGAUUGUGUGAGGUCUCGCAGGUGUCAGGGUCUAUGGUGCUGGUUUGUCCGGGGCUGCAAAAGGGCCAGGUCAGGGUUGAACACUAUGGCUCAAAGAGGACAAAAUUUAUAGCGGCUCACGAUUCGAGGGUAUCAUCUUUUGCUCUAACAAACGAUGGGAAAUUGCUUGCUACAGCAAGUAGUAAAGGGACUCUUGUGAGGGUGUUCAAUACUUUAGAUGGAUCAUUGCUUCAAGAGCUUAGGAGAGGUGCAGACAGAGCUGAGAUUUACAGCCUUGCUUUUUCUUCCACUGCCCAAUGGCUAGCUGUCUCAAGUGAUAAAGGAACUGUACAUGUUUUCAACCUAAAGGUUGAAUCAGGAUCUCUAGGGGUUGAGAGAUCUCGUGAUCCAACUGAUACAAGUUCAACAACUCCAUCAACUGUUUCACAUCUCUCCUUCAUUAAAGGUGUGCUGCCAAAAUAUUUCAGCUCUGAGUGGUCUGUGGCCCAAUUUCGUUUGCAAGAAGGUUUACAGCACAUUGUUGCCUUUGGACACCAAAAAAAUACAGUUCUUAUACUUGGCAUGGAUGGCAGUUUCUACCGAUGCCAGUUCGAUCCAGCAGCCGGUGGGGAGAUGACCCUCCUUGAACAUCAAGAUUUCUUGCAACCUGAGGAGAGCUUCUGAUCACGAGAUUGGAACAUAAAUAUUAGCCAACAAUUUCUACUAUUAUGACCUGGCUCUGAGAUUAUAUUAAUUUAUUUACCUUGUGAACGAACAUGAACUGUAAAUAUACAAGUGGUGACAUUUGGGUCAGUUUUAUCUUAAGAUUGGGGCUGUAUAUAAAUUAUCUUUCUGCAAUUAGCCUAAUUGCUAUAAAUGUCUUUGGCAAAUGCUCUUGAAUCAAUUUGCUUUCUGUAGCCACUAUAAUGAGGUUAUUCCA